AUGGCUACCGGAGAUGCGAAAGAAAGUAGAGACAUUCCACCGGGUACUAAAGUGGUUUGUACAACUUGCUUAGAUGAAAAGAUUGAAGGAGAAGUUGUGGCAUUUGACUACGGAGCCAAAGUUUUGAUCAUAAGUAUCCUUUUACAUUCCGAUGAGUUGUGUUUGGCGGUUAAAUAUCGUAUGUAGUUGGUCGAUAGACACAUGAAUGUGUCUUUUGAAAAGUUUUUUCCUUGUUUGUCAUAACAAUUCAAUUUUUCAUGUUUAGUGAUCAAGAGAGUUGUAGGAAAAGUUAUCAUCGAUGUUACUACUUUUUUAUCUUUCUGCAAAUGUCAGAAUUUACGUUUAAUCAUGUACAACUUCAACUUAACUUCGUGUUUGACUACAAGGAGAACUUUGUUUCCAUCUUUGAAGAUCAAGAGACGGAUUUUUGAGAAAUUUUAUUCCAUAACAAAAGAUCCUAUGAAAUAAAAGGUUUUCAUUUUUUGAUCCUUCGAUAUGAUCUGGUGUGUUCGGAAACGAAAAAAAUAUCAAACAAGCAAGCACGUAGCUAAAAGGUUGACCUUAAAUUUGUUAUUACUUUGAGUAGUUGAGCUUAUACUUACAGCUUACCCUAGCCGAAAAGAAAUCUAAAAUUUCUUUACGUUACGUGAGAUCAUCCGGAAAGGAAGAAUUCAAGAGAGAGCUUUAAUAUCAGAACAGCAGACUCAUUAAAUUAAGCAGCUGCUAAUAUGAGUUUCUCAUUUUAUAUGCAGCUGAGAAUAGUAUUUGAGAGUCAAGGCCCUUGCUUUCAGGGUUAAUUCCCUUAAAGUUGGUGUGGGAGAAAAAAAAUGGGUAACAACACCUGUAUCGAAACUGAUUUUAUAGGAGAGUAAAAUUACUUUAUACCAUGCAAUACUUUAAGUAUUGCAUAAUAGGUUAUGUUUUUGUUUAUGUGCUUAUGAUGGUAUAAAGUGGAUGAAUUUUGACAGUACAAAAUUUGGCAUGCAACAUAUCAUCUUCCUUUUGCAACAUGGGAUCCUUCUGCAAAAAAAAAUUUCCAUGGUUGAAUGAAAAAAAAGCUGGCACUGUUCAACUAUGUAAAUGCUACAUGCCUUUUACAUAGAUUUAAGUUCAAGGUGCGGGCCAGGCAAUAUUUCCAAUUAAACUGGCUUGAAAAGUGAAAAUCUUGACAUUUUGCUUUUGAAUAAAUAGCAAACAGAAAGAACUAAAACUAUUUGGUCAUCUUACCAUGGAGGUAAAUUUUAUUAAUUUUUAUAUUCAUAUAUUUACUUUUAUAAGUAAUAUCUAUGGUGACAUAAAAGAUUCAAAAGUUGGCAGCAUUCAAGAUACUACAAGCUGUAACCAUGGAUUUUUGUUUAGAUGGCCAGAAUGUUACAGUUAACACACUGGUGUAAAUUGGUUGAUGUAAAAUAUUAAAUUAAAUCUAGUUAAAAAGCUAAAAAUGUCACAAGACAUUCAGACAACUUCUUGUAAUCUUUCUAUUGCAUUAGUGUUAGGGCGUAAAAGCUGUAUUAAUUGGCUCUUUAUAAGCUCUGGUGACUAGCCAAAAUCACCACCCAGUCAUUACAGAAGUGCUGGCUACUCACAGCAGAGCUGAUGAAAAAUAAUUGCUUCGAACUAAAAAUCUCACGCUAUUGAAAACAUAAAUUUUUGGACUUGGAAAGUCACAGAGGGUAAUUAUUGUGACAUAUAGCUCCUUCAUUGAACUUUGGAAAUAUCAUCUGAUUCGUUUGAUGAAUCCUUAAUGUGUUGUAGAAUCAACAAAAAAUACCAAGAAAAAUGUGAUGGACAUUAAGAUGCUAAACAUAGGCCUUAUGAAAAGCCUUGAAGUUAUUGAACUGUCCACCAAACCAGCACAGUCACUGCCUAUCGUAGAUGUGGACAAACUUGAUAAGAAAAUAAAUACUGCUCUGGAGCAAAAACGACGGGCAGCAGACAAAAUUGGAAUCAAUGUAACACCAGGAGCACAAAAGCUGUUUGAUACCAUCAAUAAAACGUAAGUUUGAUGUGUUUAUUCUGAGAAAUUUUUCACCUUGCAAGGCACAAAUCCACACAGGCCUCCACCAUUUUACAGAAAUCUGUCAGAUUUUUCAUAAUAGAUAUAUUUUUAAUGAUUAGAAACACUUUCCUAGUUGAAAUCUGGCCAUUAUCCCAUGUGAAUGACAAGGAAACCCAGGCAGGGGUUUUAUAGGAGUUAAAAAUCCAAAAACUUUCCCAGCAGAGCCCUGGACCCCCUAGAAGCUUGCACCUUUGGCACUUAUUUUGGAGAUCGGUCAGUAUUUGUCCUAGAUCUACACCUGCUUGCAAGGCACACAAUAAUUCUGACUUCAAGGAACAUGUUAGAAUAAUAUUAUUGUAACAUGUUCCUUGAAGUCAGAUAAUUUUACACACAAAAGACACAGUAAAUCUUUCAUCUAUUUGCUUUGAUUUUAACAUAAUUUUUUUAACACCAUCAAGUUAACAUUACAAUACAGAGCUGCAAAAUUAAUAAUGAAAGAGUCGCAUUUUGGAGUACUGCUUGCCAGUGCAUAAUACAGCUCAGGACUAAAUGGAUUGAAAAAAUGCACAGUGAACUUUCACAUGAAAUUUUUCCCUCUCAAUACUGUGUAACUGAAUAAGAAUUUGAAAGUCCCUAACAUCUCUGCUUUUUAUUUGUUUGUUUUGUUUUACCAACAGUUUUAAUGAUGUUAAGUGGGACGGUCAAACCAUUGUUGUCAUGGGUGACGUAAAAAUUGAACCACCGUACGAGGAGAGUACUUGCUAUGGCAAUGAAAAAUCACGAGAACACAUCAUCAAGAUUGUAAGUAAUUCUUGUUUUUCAGGAAACUGAACUUUGCUUGAUUUUCGGAAACAGUAAACUACUUUUGUAGUCAGGAUUAAAGGGCAUAGUCAACUCCAUUUAUUACAGUGCAAGAAGAUCAUCCCAUUACAACGUUUUUUAACACAAAAGAUUCUCAAGUUUUUGUAGCAAACAAUGCGAUAAAAUUAAAGGUUUAACUAUGCAAUUUUAAAAUCCUUUGAACUUAUGAGGUACCUAACCUUUCAGGAAACAGCUCUCAAUUUCUUAAUGUUCUUGUUCUGUUCACAAAAAUCUUUGAAUCUUUUGUUUUCAAAAAAGGGUUGUGACUGAAUAAUCUUCUUGCAAGUGCCUGGUUUGAGUAGUUGCACUGUAAACAUUAAUUAAAGAACAAGAAACAAGUCCUAUUGGUUAUAAUUUAUUUUACACUUGUUACUCAGCAUCACUUUGUAAAGCCUUACAGUUCAUCAUUAAAAUCAUGCAAGAAUUUUAGUUACAGUACUUACAGGGGGUUGCACUAGGAGAGUCACUUUCUGUGGCACGCAAAUCAUGUAGCAGGCAGUACAAUCUUUUUUUAUUUUUGCCACAGGUUGGUAACUUACUUUUGAUCCGUAAUGUAGCUGCUGCCCCAUAAAAGUGGGGUGUUCAUAUUAGUGAAGUGUCCACAAGGAGAAAGUUGGCCAUAUAAGUGAAUCUUUGUUUACAUUUUGUGCCUUAUUAACAUAUGCGUUUCAUUCCCGAUCAAACCAUUAAAAUAAAAUCAUUGAAUAUUGAAAGACUAUAACAAUUCCAGUUAUCCCUGAAAAUUUGAGCCCAAUAUACCGAUUCUUUUUCGGAGAAAUUCUCUUCCAAAAACUCAAAAGUAUACAAAGAAUAUGUGAUCUCAUUAGCAUUUUUGCAACCCAGCAAUUUCGCAGUUUUUGAUUGCUGCUAUUUCCUUUGUUAUUGAUUGCAAAGAGCUGAAAAUUGCACAAACUUCGCAAAAUAACCAGCUCUUUCAACUUUUGCACCUACAUGUAAUUUGUACAUGUGAGAACGUCUUCCACGGGUUAACUGGUUAAAAAAGUAAACAAAUAAAUUACGUCAACAAAGGUUUGCCAAUUAGGAAACAGUUUUGGACCUUAAUGUAUCAACCCUCUUUAAAUUGACAAGCAAGUACUUCUUUCUCAUGUGUAUUCGUAGGUCAGGAAACAUAACGAGGAAGAGAGAAAUGGCCUUGGAUAA